AAAUUCAAAUUUACUUGUAGAAUAUGAAGCCUGAAUAUAUGUCAAAUGUGAGAAUCGUUGGAGAAAUUUGAGAAUUGGUAUCAAACUGAGAAAUAUAAUUUUGCCAAACUAUGUUUGUUGGGUAACUGGUGGCGCUAAUAAAAGGGGACAAUAAGAGAAAAAUAUAUACACGCAUAUUAUUAAGGCAAUUGUGGCAAUUGCGCUUUGACGGCGAAGCAAAACAGAUUCGUUUGGCGCCCGCAGCUACAGAGUUGGGAGAAUCAUUAGACGAUCACGGAAGCGAGAGCAUAGCAAUUCAUAGACGUAUCCGCUGGGUUGAACGAUUGAACGAUUCGGUUAGGAUUGUGAGUAGUCAAAUUAGCAGCGAAAAGGCGAAAAGGGGUAGUGAAAGUAAGCAAAAGUGUUGCAUAAGUAUACCAAUGUGUCUGCCAAAGGAUUUGAAAGGAGUUGCGAUCCAGCGGAUCGUUGUAAUUGUCGGUAAUAUAUUGUGUUUGAAUUUCGGCAUCAUGCUCGGCAUUACGCCUGCCCAUUUGAGGCUCUACAUGGAUGAAAAGACACCCUUGGUCCACGUUGCAAGCAAAGAAGACGCCUCUAGGACGUAUGGUUACUUAUUUGCCAGCGCGGCUGUGGGCGCACUCAUAUGCAGCUUAGUCACGCAAAGAUUUGGCCCGCGUGUGGUGUUACUUCUAAGCGGUCUGUUGCAAAUUCCGAGCUGGUUUUGCGUGCAUUUUGCCUACGAUAUCGUACACAUUUAUUCGUCGCGCAUAUUCGGCGGACUAGCCGCCGGAGCCACUCUGGUGGUGCUGCCUAUAUUCAUAGCAGAGAUUUCGGAGGAGAGCAAUAGCGGUAGCCUGAUCACCACCAUCGACCAGUGGCGCACAUUGGGUAUGCUUAUUGGUUUUCUGCUUGGCCAGUAUUUGCAGUAUGAAUAUGUCAGCGUGGUAGCGGUGUGCAUCUCCUGUGCAUUCACCAUGAUGUUCCCCUUCAGCCAGGAGAGUCCUUACUUCUACAUGCGUAAAGGUGAUGUGCCAAGACUGGAGAAGUCUUUGCGCUGGUUUCGCGGAGUGCGUCGUAUUAGCGACCGCAAUCGACCUGAGUUCUUACGCGAAUUGGACAAUUUCAAGAACAAUAUGGAAAAACGCGCAAUUGUCAAAACGAAUGUACCGCAGCCGUACUUGUGGAAGGUGGCACUAUUCACUCUGGUGCUGAUUGUGGGUGCACAGUUGAGUGGGAUCUUUGUGAUACUCGCUUGGUCGGAUGAGAUACUCGCAAAUGAUGUUUUCGUCUGCUUUUCUCCAGAUGCAAGUGCUAUGAUUCUGGCCUUCGUCCAGUUCGCUGCUACAACAAUUACGGUGUGGCUGGCGCCAGUUUUCAGAAGAAAAAUGCUACUAUUUAUUUCGGCAUUGAUUUGCGGUUGCGCAUCGAUAUGUUUAGCAAUAAGUGUUGUAACGGAAGUGAAAGGCCAAUUACAAUGGGUCGCAUCUGGGUUGUUGCUGUUGCACAUUUUCUUCGCAAACUUAGGAUUGUAUCCUCUUACAUCGCUAAUACCCAGCGAAAUGUUGUCAACAAAGCUGCGCGUUAGGUGGACAAGCAUUUCGUGGUCUCUCUCCUGGCUAAUAACAUUCAUUCUCAUUCAGUUUUACCAUUACUUUUCAUCGAUGAUUGGGCUUCAUGGGUACUUCGUUAUCUUUGGUGCUGCUUGCGUUGGCGUUGCAUUGCUUGCUCUGUUUGUGUUGCCAGAGACGCGCGGAAAAUCACUUGAAGAAGUACAACAAAUAAUGGGGUGUGGAACUGGACUGGCUGUCGCAGAGAAGGAUGUGCCACAAGGAGGGAAAAUCCAUCUAGAGCGAUACUGAGGAAUUUCCAAAAUUAUAUUUUUUAUACCAAUGGCUUUGUGAAUGGCAUUGUAAAUUAUUUUUAUUUUUAU